AUGGCCGAUGCUCUAGGCCUUCACCGCUGCCCUGUUUGCUUCAAGACAUACAAGAGACGCGAGCACUUGCAGAGGCACCGCAGCUCGCAUACGUCGGAACGCCCUCAUCGCUGUGUUGUGUGCGGUGCCUCAUUUCAGAGGUCCGACGUGCUGAAGCGUCAUCUCCAGACCUGCGAUGGCCCCUCCACCCCGUCCUCUAGUCGCCGCCGCGCCUGCGAUCGUUGCGUCCGCCAGAAGAAGGCUUGCAACUCUACCCAGCCGUGCUUCAAUUGCCAGCGACGCUCGGUCGUGUGCCACUAUUCAAACCCGCCAGCCCCGCCGUCGUCAUCCCAACCCGCAGCAGCAGCAGCACCCCCGCUUAUCGACGAUGCAUCUGGCCACAGCAACCCCGACGAAACUGUUGUGAGCAAUCACGUUCCGCAGCCAGACCAAGGGCCCAGUGAACUAGUCCUCGCCGACUCCACCUUCGACCAUGUGCCGUUUGACGACCUCGAUACCUUAAUCCAGGAGACAGUCUCGCAGUUCCAAAUCCCGGACAGUUGGUUUGCUGUCAGCCCCUCGCAAUCAAGCGCAACGACGGCGACUCUUGACGUCGAAUCCGAGCCCUUCCAUCAUAACCCCCCCAGUGACUCUCUCCCUUCCCGCUACCGAGGUUAUUCUUUCCGCUUCUUGAGUGACUUCACGAGCAGAACCGGCCUGGUCACGUCGUUCGAGUGCGCUACCCUGGCCCAGCGCCAACAGAUCGUCUCGACAUUCCAUCAGUCGUAUCUCGACCACCAGUCCCUCGAUUCGUUAGGCAUUCUUCCACCGCCAUCUCUACCACCAGAAGAACUGCCCUCGCAAAUUCCAGGCUUCGUCUCGAGUGUCGGGCCGGAAAGCGGCGGCCUGUCUUCGUGGUCCUUUUGGCUGCACAACCCCAUCGUCGUCAACCUACAGCAGGUCGUUCUGCUCGUUAAAAAUGUCGUAAGGGUGAAGCCGAACAACAGCACCAUCACACUGAAUUGGUCGACGGCCCUUGAACAACAAUGUUUGCGGUUCUUUUCCCCUCCUCGGUUUGCCAAGUUCAUCGAGCUGUACUGGUCUGUUUGGCAUCCGAAUGUCAAUUUCCUUCACCGGCCCACCUUUAACCCGACGGUUACCAAACCGAUUCUGCUGGCUACCAUGGCUCUGAUUGGGGCUUGUGUAUCCCCAGACCCCGUGGACAUCGAUGAUGCCAGAAUGUGGUUCAACUGUGUCGAGGAGAUGGUCUUUACCGACGACGAUUUCUUCCCCGUCGGCACCAGUGAAAACCGCCAGAAGCUCCAGGCCCUGCAAGCUGCCUACCACGUCUGUCUUUACCAGAACUGGGAGGGGACGGACGCCGGUAAACGGCGAAUCAGACGGCACCGGUUCAGCACUGUGGUAUCAACCGCACGAGACCUUGGAAUAGACACGGCCAGGCACAUGGACUAUAGCGCCCAACCCAAACACGAAUUCAGCUGGUAUGAAUUCGUAAUGAGAGAGGAACUGAUUCGGAUUUUCACAUGGAUAUUCCUCCUCGAUACGGCCUUCGUCAUCUUCAACAACCUCCCCCAUCGGAUGGUCAUCAAGGAGAUGAAGAUGUCCAUGGCGAGUCCCGAGGCCUGCUUCCAGGCAGCAACGGCAGAGGAAUGUAUCGACCAGAUCUAUCGCUGGAUGCCGUUGACCAGCCCGUUUUGCACCUUGCUUCUUCGUGACGCCAUCGAGAACCUGUGUCUGGACAACUUGACGCAAGAAGUACAACAGCAAUACUCCCAACUCGGCCCGUUGAACCUGUUCGCGAUGGUGUCAGCGAUACAUUACAUGAUCUUUCAGCAUCAAAACCUAUUUGCCGUCGAAGGUCAGCUCGUCCCCAUCCGCAAUGGACUGCGGAAUUGGAUUGGUAUCUGGGAAAAGUACGCCGAGGUGCCGUCAGCCGUCUCCCCGCACGGUUUACUCCAAGAGGAUUGCCCAGCACCGGCCUUGAUGUGGAAGCGCAUUGGUUUCGUCCGCUUCUCGCACGAGUACUGGCUGCUUGGGAGUCUCCUCACGGACCGCCUAUCGGCGACGACGGUGGCAUCCGCGGAUAUGUCUUCGGCAAAUGCUAGCCUGCCGGGUCUCUUUUCGACAUCGGCCAACGGUCGUGGUAAAGCCAGGUCCGCCGAGCCUAUCCUGGAGAAGUAUGACCAAACCAGCAUGCGCCAGGUCAACGACUUGAUUACCGACUUUCAAAAGUUCACCAUUGGGUGAUCCCGGUUAAGGACAGGCAGGUCAGUCGGGUGAUGUUGAGCAACUUGGACCCCACUGCCCUGUGAUUUAGGAUAUGACGGGUUGCAAAUCGGGCGAGGUCAGGGGACUAGGAUACGGAUACUCCACUGUACAAAAUGGGGGGAGCAUUCUUUUUGGGGGAGUUGAGAGUCCCAGGCGGCAGCCUCCCACAUCCACUCCGCAACUCCGCGGCCACCCUUCAAACUCCCAUCUCGAAGUCCGACCUAUCUAACCAUCCCGUUAACCCGCGCUAAUGCACCUCGAAUACCACCAAUGCCGUCGCCGUAAAUGCCACGGUGGGCCGAUCCGGAUCGGGGCCCCAACUUAGAGUAGUC